GUGUGUGUGUGUGUGUUUGCGCGUGUGUGUGUGUGUGAGUGUGCAUGAGAUUUGUUCACACACAGCACGAGAUGCUGGAGCUGAAAUAAGGCACACACACACACACACUCUCACACACUCUCUCUCACACACACACAUGCUCAGCCCAUACACACUUCCACUGAUCUGACAGAACAAAAGAGAGAGAGAGAAAGAAAGAGAGAGAGAGAGAGAGGGAGAGCAGCAUCCCACAGGCAGAUGAUCCAGGGGAACAAUCUUGUCCUCCAGCGUUUGAGAGCUCCCCCUGCUGGACUGGAGAACAGUGUUUGUGGCUCCUGCAGGUCAUGAGCAGCACAAAGGGCCAGUUUGGGCAGGAUGUGGAGAAACAGGGCAUUAAGCUCCCAAAGAAAUGGAACGAUCCCAACGUCAAGAUCCCCACAGAUCGGACCAUGGUGGUGAGAGGUGGAGACUCCAUGGACGGUCCAGGAGGUCAGCUGAAGAAGCGAAGGCAGCGCUACGUGGAGAAGGACGGCAAGUGUAACGUUCACCACGGCAACGUGCGGGAAACCUACCGCUACCUGACGGACAUCUUCACCACGCUGGUGGACCUGAAGUGGCGCUUCAACCUGCUGGUGUUCACGCUGGUCUACACCACCACCUGGGUGUUCUUCGGCCUCAUCUGGUGGCUGAUCGCCUACGCCAGAGGCGACCUGGACCACACCGAUGACGGAGACUGGACGCCAUGCGUCAACAACCUCAACGGCUUCGUCUCGGCCUUCCUCUUCUCCAUCGAGACGGAGACGACCAUCGGCUAUGGCUACCGCGUCAUCACGGAGAAGUGUCCAGAGGGCAUCAUCCUGCUCCUGGUGCAGGCCAUCCUGGGCUCCAUCGUCAACGCCUUCAUGGUGGGAUGCAUGUUCGUGAAGAUCUCGCAGCCCAACAAGCGAGCAGAGACGCUCAUGUUCUCGCAGAACGCCGUCAUCUCCAUGCGCGACAGCAAGCUCUGCCUGAUGUUCCGCGUCGGAGACCUCCGCAACUCGCACAUCGUGGAGGCGUCCAUACGGGCCAAGCUGAUUCGCUCCAAGCAGACCAAAGAGGGCGAGUUCAUCCCACUCAACCAGACGGACAUCAACGUGGGCUUCGACACCGGCGACGACCGGCUCUUCCUGGUGUCGCCGCUCAUCAUCUGCCACGAGUUCAACGAGAGCAGCCCCUUCUGGGAGAUCUCUCAGGAGCAGCUGGCGCGAGAGGAGUUCGAGAUAGUGGUGAUACUGGAGGGCAUGGUGGAGGCCACAGGGAUGACGUGUCAGGCCCGGAGUUCGUAUCUGGACUCGGAGGUUCAUUGGGGGGAGCGUUUUACGCCGGUUCUGUCUCUGGAGGAGGGAUUCUAUGAGGUCGAUUACGACACUUUCCACCACACCUACCCGACCCCCACGCCCACCUGCUCCGCCCGCGAGCUCGCCGAACUCGCCAAGAAGGGGGAGGCCAUCCCCCUGCCCCCCCUUUCACCCCCGCCCAGCAGAGGGGGCACGCCCGACCCCCCGGGGGAGGAGCCAGAGGCGGAGGAGGGGGCGGAGGAAGAGAACGUUAGCAAUGGAGACGUGAAGAAAAUGGACACUGAUCAUCAGAGCGAAGAAGACCUCGCGUAAUGACCCGGCGAACCUCCACCCAGAGACUAAAGGAGAACUCUGGUGUAAAAUUUUGGACUUUUGUUGUAGUAAAACAUGAUAAAAAGUUCUUAUCUUUGAUGAACAGCACACCUCCGUUCUCACACAGCGUUCAGAGAUCCAGAAAUUUUAACAGUUUGUCCGAACACCCUUCACACUGGGUGACACGGGGCAUAAUUUACCCUGAUACAUCAACAUAUAAACAGGGGUUGGACAAUGAAACUGAAAGUCUUGCUGGAGCAUCUGUGACCAAGACAGCAAGUCUCUGUGAUGCAUCAAGAGCCACGGUAUCCAGGGUAAUGUCAGCAUACCACCAAGAAGAACUAACCACAUCCAACAGGAUUAACUGUGGACGCUGUAAGAGGAAGCUGUCUGAAAGGGAUGUUCGGGUGCUAACCCGGAUUGUAUCCAAAAAACAUAAAACCACGGCUGAUCAAAUCACGCAGAAUUCAAUGUGCACCUCAACUCUCCUGUUUCCACCAGAACUGUCCGUCACCACAAUCAAUUAUUGUGCUCUAAAACCAGGUGUUUCAGUUUCACUGUCCAACCCCUGUUUAAAGACAUACAUAUAUAUACAUAGACACCGCAUAGUCUGCCUCCUGGCACCGGCUGCUACGCUAUGCGGAGUCUAUGUAUAUAUAUGUCUAUGUUAUUAUCAGUACAGUGAUGGCGGCACUCAGAGCUGAAGCUAGUAGCGUUAUAGGAUGUAAACAGUGGUGUUUAAUAAGCUUCUUGUGCACUUUUUAAGUUAUUAAUGCCUGGUUUUAAAUGUCAGGGCUCUCCGGAUUCUAGUACUUUGGAGCUACUUUGAGCUGGAUAACGGUGUAAAAAGUGAUUUAUCUUCAGGGUAAAUUAUGCCCCGUAUCUCCCAGUCUGAAGGGUGUUUGUUGGAGAAACUGUUAAAAUUUCUGGAUCUCUGAACGCUGUGGGAGAACGGAGGUGUGCUAUUCAUCAAAGAUAAGAACUUUUUAUCAUGUUUUACUACAGCAAAAGUACAUUUUACACCAGAGUUCUGCUUUAAAGCAAUAGUUCAGCCAAAAAUUGAGUACGCAACCACCCCUUCCUCCCCCCACCAAAAAUUCCCAAAGUCGAGUUUCACACUGGAGCUAUGAGGCUAACACCGCUUACGAUAUAUAGAGAUCUUCUGAUCUUCUGUUCUGAUCUCCUAGACUUGUUUUAGACUCAAUACUAUUUGUACUCAGAUCUGAAUUAUAUCUGAUAGUCUUGAUAAGUGAACUAUUUGUUCUAGUUUUGGACUCGGAUUUGGCUAAAUUACUUUACUUAUAUAAACUAGUUUAGUUAUUUAUUAUACUGAGACCUGCAUUGGACCCUAAAGUAAUUGUAGUUGGAUUCCACUAAGUUAUUCAUUAGUAAUUACAGGCUUGUAUUGGUAUCAAAAGUAUUUGUACUCUGAUUUAUCUUAGACUGGACAGUAUUUUUAGUUGGACUGGUCUUGUACUCUACAGUACUUUUAAUUGUACUGGUCUUGGACUCUACAGUAUUUUAGUUGGACUCUACAGUAUUUUUAGUUGGACUGGUCUUGGACUCUACAGUAUUUUUAGUUGGACUGGUCCUGGACUCUACAGUAUUUUUAGUUGGACUGGUCUUGGACUCUACAGUAUUUUUAGUUGGACUGGUCUUGGACUCUACAGUAUUUUUAGUUGGACUGGUCUUGGAGUCAACAGUAUUUUUAGUUGGACUGGUCCUGGACUCUACAGUAUUUUUAGUUGGACUGGUCUUGGACUCUACAGUAUUUUUAGUUGGACUGGUCUUGGACUCUACAGUAUUUUUAGUUGGACUGGUCUUGGACUCUACAGUAUUUUUAGUUGGACUGGUCUUGGACUCUACAGUAUUUUUAGUUGGACUGGUCUUGGACUCUACAGUAUUUUUAGUUGGACUGGUCUUGGACUCUACAGUAUUUUUAGUUGGAAUGGUCUUGGACUCUACAGUAUUUUUAGUUUGACUGGUCUUGUACUCUACAGUAAGUUAUUCAUUAGUGAUUACAGGCUUGUAUUGUAUCAAAAGUAUUUGUACUCUGAUUUAUCUUAGACUGGAUAGUAUUUUUAGUUGGACUGGUCUUGGACUCUACAGUACUUUUAGUUGGACUCUACAGUACUUUUAGUUUGACUCUACAGUAUUUAUAGUUGGACUGGUCUUGGACUCUACAGUAUUUUUAGUUAGCUUCAUUAGCCUUUUAGCAACAGUGCUAAUCAUUAUCUGUUAGCUUCAUUAGUCUUUUAGCAACAGUGCUAAUCAUUAUCUUUUAGCUUCAUUAGCCUUUUAGCAACAGUGCUAAUCAUUAUCUGUUAGCUUCAUUAGCCUUUUAGCAACAGUGCAAAUCAUUAUCUGUUAGCUUCAUUAGCCUUGUAGCUCCAAUGCUAAAACUGGAGCAGCAAACUUUAGAACCCAAACUUGACUCUACUGAUUGGAUUACGUGUAAAUGGGUGGAGCCAUAAACAAGAUUUUGUGCUGAACUAUCGCUUUAAAGGCGAUGGUGGUUCGGACUGCUGCACUGAUGCUCAUUCUGCUUUUUAAAGUGAGAUUUUACAAAACCGUAGAUCUGAUGUUACUCGGGUUAGAUUAGUCUGAUCUCACCAGAUUUCCACGCUCGUCUCCGGAGAGAGUUAUUAUGGUAACACUUCCUAUGAAUCCUGUAUUCAUAAUGCCUUAUGAAUGCAUUUAUAAUGCAUUAUAUGACAUGCGUAAUACCUUAUAAUGACUGGCAUAAGCCUGUAUAAUAACUCAUACGUACUUACAGCAAUAUUCAUAACACAUUAUAAACUACAAGUGUAAGGAUUUAUAAAGAAAAGGCUUAUAAUGCCUUAUAAUAUCUGUUCAUGAGAACAUUGUACAAUGUAGUGUUGUAAUGCACUAUAACACAGAUUUGGUAUAUGUUGGUAUAAUGCAUUAUAAUAUGCAGCUAUGAUCUAAAAUCAAGCUUUUAUAAAAGUGUGUAACACAUUAUUAAGCCUUAUAAACAGUCAUUACUGACUUGCCUACAGUAAGGCAUAAUAACAUUUACUUCACGUUUAAAACACACUUCAAGAGCACUCAUAAUGCUCUAUAAGAUAUUACAAUGAAGCAUAAUAACAUUUACUUCACAUUUAUAAAAAAACAUGAAAACUCACUUCACUUAAAGUCAGUAAUGACUGUAUAUAAGGCUUUAUGAGUUAAAAGCUUGAUUUGAGAAGUCAUAGCUGCAUAUUAUAAUGCAUUAUACAAAAAUCUACCAAAUAUGUGUUAUAGUGCAUUACAACACUACAUUGUAUAAUGUACUUAUGAGCUAUUAUACAGGCUUAUUACAUUCAUUAUAAGGUAUUAUGCAUGUCAUAUAAUAUAAUAAUAAUUAUGAAUGCAUUUAUAAUGCAUUAUGAAUACAGGGUUCAUAGGAAGUGUUACCAUUAUUAGUUAUUAUUAUUAAUAUUAAGAUUUAUAUUAAUAUCGGAUGCUGUUUUAGGCACUCAUCGAUUGGUUCCUGUUGUAGAUCAGCUGAUUUAGGGAUUAUAGGUGUUAUGAAUGAAGCACUUUUUCCGCAUGGGUUUUAGUUCCGUUACGAUAGUUUACGUUAGUUCUUGUUAACCCCGCGUUAACCCCACGUUAACCCCAUGUACGUCCUGUUCGUAGCAUCUGUAGUGUCUCUAUCCCGCGUCGUGCUGUGUGUAUUUAAUUCAUGGUGUGUUUAACCCCCAGCAGAAAGAAAGGUCGCGACCCCAGACUAAAGGUCGGACCGCGGGUUCGACUCUCGCCAUGUUGAAGACCCUUUCACUCAUUAUGCAAAUUUCUGCUUAUUUAUUGUUUAUAUAUAAAGUAAGUAAAGGUCGCCCCCUGCUGGCCGGACAGUGACUCAUGCAGUUGUAUAAUAUAUAUAAACACUGUUAAUAAACCUUUAAUAGAAAACAUUACCUUCAGUUCAUCUUCAAUAAAGAACCCUGGAUUAUUA